CAGACCGAAACGUACAGAACGCCGCAGCCAUGGCUCCCAAGGCGAAAGAGAAGCCAAAACCCUCACCCUCGCCGGCAACGGCGUCACAGCCCGCAAUCGCCGUCGAAGACCUCUUCACAGCUCUCAAUCGCCACAUCCAGAGGUCGGAACACGAGCAAGCCGUCAAAGUCGCAGAUCAAGUGCUCUCAAUUGCCCCGAAUGACGAGGACGCCAUUCGGUGUAAGAUCGUGGCGUUAAUUAAGAACGAUAGCAUCGAUGAGGCUCUUGCGACCAUGGAGGCUUCUAGAAGGAUCCAAAUUGAUCUCAGUUUCUUCAAGGCAUACUGCUUGUACAGACAAAAUAAGUUAAAUGAAGCUUUAGAAGCUUUGAAAGGCCAAGAGGGAAACUCUGCAAUCAUGCUACUGCAAUCUCAGAUUCUUUUUCGUAUGGGAAAAAUGGAUGCUUCUUUGGACAUUUAUCAAAAGCUUCAGAAGUCCAAGAUAGAGUCCUUGGAGAUAAAUCUUGUUGCUGGUUUAGUCUCUGCUGGGAGGGCUUCUGAAGUGCAAGGAGUGAUGGAGGCACUCAGAGUGAAAGCAACAAGUAGCUUUGAGUUGGCAUACAACACUGCUUGUUCAUUGAUUGAAAGGAACAAGCAUUCAGAUGCAGAGCAACUGCUACUGUCAGCUCGAAGAAUUGGUCAAGAGGCUCUUAUGGAAGAGAAUUUGGCUGAUGAUGACAUAGAGACUGAAUUGGCUCCAAUAACUGUGCAGUUGGCACAUAUUCAGCAGCUCCUGGGGCACACACAAGAAGCCAUUGAAGCUUUCACGGAUAUCAUAAAGAGAAAUCUGGCAGAUGAAUCGUCACUAGCGGUAGCAACCAACAAUCUUGUAUCAUUGAAGGGUCCAAAAGAUGUCUCGGAUAGCCUCAGGAAACUUGAUCGAUUGAUAGAGAAAGGCAGCGGGACCCAGAGUUUCCAGCUUGCUCGUGGACUGGACUUGAAGCUUUCGUCGAAGCAAAGAGAAGCAAUAUACACCAAUCGAGUGCUUCUGCUACUUCAUUCAAAUAAGAUGGAUCAGGCUCGAGAACUUGUUGCUGUGCUGCCAGACAUGUUUCCAGAUAGUGUGAUACCAAUAUUGCUUCAAGCCGCAGUCUUUGUGAGGGAAAACAAGGCCGGAAGAGCCGAAGAAUUGCUAGGUCAAUAUUCUGAAAAGUUCCCUGACAAAUCAAAGGUGGUUCUCCUCGCGAGGGCACAAGUUGCUGCUUCCGCGGGCCACCCACAAGUUGCGGCUGAGUCCCUAUCUAAGAUACCUGAAAUCCAACACAUGCCUGCCACCGUUGCCACCCUCGUGUCGCUCAAGGAGCGUGCCGGUGACAUCGACGGAGCCGUUUCCAUUUUCGAUUCCGCGAUAAAGUGGUGGGCGAAUGCCAUGUCGUCGGAAGACAACAAGCGCCAUGUUAUCGUGCAAGAGGCAGCAGCCUUUAAGCUCAAGCAUGGUAGAAAGGAGGAGGCAGCCAAAUUGUAUGAGGAGCUCGUUAAAAGCCACGGAAGUGUCGAGGCUUUGGUUGGGCUUAUUAAGACGGCUGCUCAUUCGGAUAUCGAUAAGGCUGAAGCGUACGAGAAGAAGCUGAAGCCGCUGCCCGGUUUGAAAUCAGUUGAUGUUGAUGGUUUGGAGAAAACUUCAGGUGCAAAGCAUGUGGAAAACGGGCCUCAUGUGGGGACCGUGGAACCGUCUGAAAGUAAGAGUAAGGAGAAGGCCAAGAAGAAGAGGAAGAGGAAGCCAAAGUAUCCAAAAGGGUUUGACCCGGCUAAUCCAGGUCCUCCACCGGAUCCUGAGCGGUGGCUGCCUAAGAGGGAGAGAUCUACUUUCAGGCCGAAGAGGAAGGAUAAGAGGGCGGCCCAGGUGAGAGGGUCUCAGGGCGCAGUGGCGAAAGAGGCUACCAAUGCCAAUUCGAAAUCAAACCAAGCUACUACUGCCAAAGCAGCUUCGCAGAAUGCAGUUGCAGAGCAGCCCAAGGCUUCUUCUAAGUCAUCUAGAAAGAAGUCCAGGAAUUAGAGGGAAAGAGAACCAUUUUUUGUCUUUGUUUUUUUGGGAAAAAAUUGAGUCAUUUGCAGCUUUAUUUUCUUUUUUUUUUUUUUGAGGAAUACAGGUUUUUUUUUUUUUUGGUUGUUGUUUUAUCAUUUGGCUUCAUGAAGUGUUGUGGUUUUCCUUUACAUGAAGCCUAGUUAACCAUUUUAAAGUA